AUGCUAGUGCAUCGGUUAAAAGAACUAAGGCUAGGGAAUAGAUCUUUCAAUAUUUAUCUUUCCAAAAAGAUAUUGAAAAGGCAAUACCAAGUCUUGUCAGGUACUGAUUUAGCCAGAGUUAUUAGAGAACAUGCUGCUGUUGAAAUAAAAGAUAUUCAGAAAAAAUAUCCAGAGUUUAAGCCAACACUAAAGAUUAUUCAAGUUGGUAAUAGACCCGACUCUUCCACCUAUGUCAAAAUGAAAUUAAAGGCUUCCAAAAGUAGUGGUAUCGAUUGUAUUAUCGAAAAAAUGCCUGAAGAUAUCUCUGAACCAGAAUUGCUAAGAGAAAUUACGCAUAUUAACAACGAUAAUUCUAUAAACGGCGUCUUAAUACAAUUGCCUCUGCCAAAACAUUUGAAUGAAAGUGUAAUAACCAAUAAAGUUUCUUACAAAAAAGACGUAGACGGUUUUCACCGUUUUAAUGCUGGUGAAUUGGCUAAGAAGAAUGGAUCACCAUAUUUUAUACCUUGUACUCCAAAUGGGGCUAUGAAAUUAUUGGAGGAAACGAAAAUUGAUCUGACUGGUAAGAAUGUUGUUGUUUUAGGAAGAUCUGACAUUGUUGGUAACCCAAUGGCAUCGCUAUUAAAAAGUAAGAAUGCUACAGUGACAGUAUGUCAUAGUAAAACAAAAAAAUUACCACAAUUUUUAUCAUCUGCGGAUAUAGUAAUUGCUGCAAUUGGUAAACCUGAAUUUGUUAAAGGUGAAUGGCUGAAAAAAGAUACCAUCGUAAUCGAUGUAGGUAUUAACUAUGUAUCAGAUUCUACUAAAAAAUCUGGUCUAAAAUUAGUUGGUGAUGUUGAUUUUGAAUCUUCUAAAGACAAAGCUUCAUUUAUCACACCUGUUCCUGGCGGAGUUGGUCCAAUGACAGUUGCGAUGCUAGUAAGCAAUGUUUUACAAGCUGCAAAAUUACAAUUAAAAGAAUCAGAGAAAUUACCUGAAAUUAAACCUCUAUUACUUAAAAUACAAAAACCUACCCCAUCAGAUAUUGAAAUUUCAAGAGCACAAGAACCCAAGCCAAUAGGCGUUAUUGCUGAAGAACUAAAUAUCAAGGAAAAUGAAUUAGAAUUAUUUGGUCAUACUAAGGCAAAAAUCUCAUUAUCUAUACUAGAUAGAUUAAAAACACGUAAAAACGGUAAAUACAUUUUAGUUGCUGGUAUAACACCAACACCAAUGGGUGAAGGUAAGUCCACUACCACAUUAGGCUUAGUACAAGCUCUAACCGGCCAUUUAAAGAAAAACUCAAUUGCUAAUGUUCGUCAACCUUCAAUGGGUCCUACAUUUGGUGUCAAAGGUGGUGCCGCUGGUGGUGGUUAUUCACAAGUUAUACCAAUGGAUGAAUUUAAUAUGCAUUUGACUGGUGAUAUUCAUGCAAUUUCAGCGGCAAACAAUUUAUUGGCGGCUGCUAUUGAUACAAGAAUGUUUCAUGAAUCCACUCAAAAGAAUACUGAAUCAUUUUACAACAGGUUAAUUCCUAAAAAGAAGGGAGAACGGUUUUUCACUCCUUCAAUGUUAAGAAGGUUACAGAAAUUAGACAUUGCCAAGCAAAAUCCUAACGAUCUGUUACCUGAGGAAAUUGAAAAAUUUGCAAGAUUAAACAUAAAUCCAGAUUCGAUUACAAUUAGAAGAGUGGUCGAUGUUAAUGAUAGAAUGUUAAGACAAAUUACUAUUGGUGAAUCUCCUACAGAAAAAGGUCACACAAGACAGACCGGAUUCGAUAUAACUGUUGCUUCUGAAUUAAUGGCCAUUCUUGCUCUCUCAAAGGACUUACAAGACAUGAGAACACGUAUCGGUAAUAUAGUAAUAGGCUCUAAUUACAAUAACGAGCCAUUGACUGUAGAAGAUAUAGGCUGUGCUGGAGCUCUAACUGCCUUAUUGAAGGAUGCAAUUAAACCUAACUUAAUGCAGAGUUUAGAAGGAACUCCCGUUAUGGUACAUGCAGGUCCCUUUGCUAACAUCUCUAUCGGGGCAUCAUCAGUAAUUGCUGAUAAAAUUGCCCUCAAGUUGAUGGGUACUCCUGCUAAUAUUGAUGCUGAACCAGGUUACGUUGUUACAGAAGCUGGAUUUGACUUUACCAUGGGUGGUGAAAGAUUUUUUAACAUUAAAUGUCGUACUUCAGGUUUAACUCCAAACGCUGUUGUACUUGUUGCCACUGUCAGAGCGCUGAAAUUACACGGAGGAGCACCUGAAGUCAAGCCAGGGCAGCCUUUACCAAGUACCUAUACUGAAGAAAAUGUUGACCUAGUUAAAAAAGGCGUUUCAAACUUGUGCAAACAGAUUGAAAAUGUAAAACAAUAUAAUAUCCCGGUGGUAGUUGCAAUUAACAGAUUUGAAAGUGAUACAGAAGCGGAAUUACAAGUAAUCAAGGAUGCUUCAUUAAAUGCUGGUGCUUUUAUGGCCGUGACUACGAACCAUUUUGAAGAAGGUGGUAAUGGUGCAAUUGACUUGGCCAGAGCCGUUAUUGAAGCAUCUGAGUUACCAACGGAUUUCAAAUUUUUAUAUGAUGUUAAUGAUUCCAUUGAAAAUAAACUAAAUACCAUUGUCCAAAAAAUGUACGGAGGUGAUAGCAUUGAGUUAUCUGACGUUGCCAAAGCAAAAAUUGCUCAAUACACUACGCAAGGCUUUGACAAGUUACCAAUUUGCAUAGCCAAAACACAAUAUUCACUUUCUCACGAUCCAAAAUUAAAGGGUGUUCCAAUUGGAUUUAAAUUUACGAUAAGAGAUAUUAGAGCAUCAGUUGGUGCAGGAUACUUAUACGCUUUAGCGGCAGAAAUACAAACUAUUCCAGGUCUAUCGACCUAUGCUGGGUACAUGAAUGUUGAAAUUGAUGCGGAUGGAAAAAUUGAAGGUUUAUUUUAA